GGCUCACAAUAUCCCACACACAAUAUGCAAAGUACAUUUCUGGUUUUCAAGUGUGUAAGUUUGCAUAUUCAGUCUUCAUUCUGGAAGUCAGUAAUCAGCCUGGACACUUACACAAACAGAGCAGAGACAGAUCAUCAGCUCAAAUCAUAAGCACACCAGAGAUUCUGCCGAUGCUGGAAACCCAGAGCAACACACACAAAAUGCUGGAGGAACUCAGCUGAUCAGGCUGAUCGAGACGAGUAAACAGUCGACAGUUUGGGCCAAGACCCUUCAUCAGGGAUGGAGAGAAAGGGGGAAGAAGACAGAAUAAGAAAAUGGAGGAGGGGAAGGAGUUCAAGGUGAUCGGUGAAACCAGAUGGGACCAGCUGAUUGCGCUUAUGCCGGCCGGUUUAGCGAGCAGAGCAGCAGACACCCCUGCUGAAAUCUGGAGGAAAACACACAGAGGAUACAGAGGGGGAUCACAAAGGCAAAGAAAGAGGACUGGGUCAAGACAACAGAGACUUAUGGAGAAGAACAGUUCGGUGGGUAAUAAAAUGGACGAGUUGACGGCACUAGCCAGGAGUCAGAGAACAUUUCGGGAGUGCAGUGUUAUGUGUUUUACUGAAACGGGGCUGCACGAGGACAUACCCGACCAAAACUUUUCCAUGGAGGGCUUCCAGACCGUUCGGGCUGACCGGAAGUGCACUGAGAGCGGUAAGCGUAAAGGAGUUGGGGGCUUGCUGUUCUGGUUAACAACAGAUGGUGCAAUCCUGGUCAUAUUACGAUCGAGGAACGUGUUUGUAGACCGGAUAUUGAACUUUUUGCUGUUGGACUCCGGCCAUAUUUCACCGAGAUACAACACUGGGUGUAAUGGGAGGUUGUGCCUGCCUGUGGCCAUCAAACUUUGCAGCUCCUCCCGUGGAAGGUCAGACACCCUGAGCCAAUAG